AUGGCCGACGAAAGCAGCAUGGACGACUCGCUCGAGGUGUUCAAAAGGAGAAGCCGGAUGGCUCGCUGGCGACAGUAUCUGGCAGAGGAUGCCAGCAAAGAAUGGGGAGAUUUGAUCUUGAUCGUGGCCUGUUUCAUAUCAGGUCUGGUCGACAGUGCAGUCUUCAACGUCUGGAGCUGCUUCGUGAGCAUGCAAACCGGAAACACCGUCUAUGUUGGUUUGGGCAUGUCUGGUCAACCUUUGAGUCAGCCAUAUCGUUGGGUGAAGUCUGGCACGGCAAUUCUCAGUUUCUGUUUGGGGACCCUUUUCUUCAGCCGAGCCUGUCGAUUCUUUGGCCCGCUUCGCCGAGGGACUUUAAGCGGGUCGUGCCUCUUCCAGGCUGUGCUUUGUUUCAUCAGCGGGAUCCUCGUGGUCAGCGAUGUCGUGCCCAAUGAUGCCGGCAACCAGCUACCCUACAACUACAUUGUCCUGUUGCCUCUGGGGCUCCUCUCGUUUCAAUCGGCCGGUCAAAUAGUGAUGAGCAGGAUGUUGUUGUACAAUGAACUGCCGACGGUUGUCCUGACGAGUACCUACUGCGACCUGAUGUUCGAUCCGACUCUAUUUACGGCACCCAUCACUCAGAACCCAAAACGCAACCGCAGAUUUGUGUCCGCCCUGGCGCUCCUCCUGGGGGCUGGACUCGGAGGGGUUUUGACAGAGGGUGGAGAUAUCUCGAACCCACUCUGGAUCGCAGGAGGCGUCAAAGUCGCCAUGGCCGUGGUGUGGCUCUUUUGGAAAUCGGAGGGAUCAAUCCGGUUGGAAUAG